CUACUUGAGCUGAGGGACUCAUAAAGGCAAUGCCAUCAGCGGUUAGUGGCGGCGGAGGUCACGGCGGCGGUGGUGGUGGAGGUGGUGGAGGCAACAUGAAUCCGCAGACAAACGAAGAGUGUGGCAUACGGGACGUGUGGCGCCACAAUCUCGACGAGGAGUUUCGCACUAUACGGCUGAUCGUGCAAAAGUAUCACUAUGUAGCGAUGGACACGGAGUUCCCGGGUGUGGUCGCACGACCUGUCGGUGAGUUCCGCUCAUCAGCCGACUACCAGUACCAGAGCUUGCGGUGCAACGUGGAUCUGCUGCGCAUCAUACAGCUUGGUUUGACGUUUAUGGACGAUGAUGGCCGCACGCCGGCCGGCUUUUCCACGUGGCAGUUUAACUUCAAGUUCAACCUGAACGAGGAUAUGUACGCACAGGAUUCGAUCGAUUUGCUGCUGAACUCAGGCAUACAGUUUAAAAAGCACGAGGAAGACGGUAUCGAUCCGUUGGACUUUGCCGAACUGCUCAUGACGUCCGGUAUCGUGCUGAUGGACAAUAUCAAGUGGCUGAGUUUUCACUCCGGUUACGACUUUGCCUACCUGCUGAAGUUGCUGACCGAUCAGAAUUUACCGGCCGAGGAAGGUGACUUUUUCGAACUGCUGCGAAUCUACUUCCCAAGCAUCUACGACGUGAAGUAUCUGAUGAAGUCCUGCAAAAAUCUCAAGGGUGGCUUGCAGGAGGUUGCGGACCAGCUGGAGUUACGGCGGGUCGGUCCACAGCAUCAGGCUGGGUCGGAUUCGCUGCUUACCGGGAUGGCGUUCUUCAAGAUGCGAGAGAUGUUCUUUGAGGACAAUAUUGACAAUGCCAAGUAUUGUGGUCAUCUGUACGGGCUAGGGACAUCCUUCGUCGCGAAUGGCAACAAUACAACGACUGGCGGUGCUGGCGGUGGAAGCGUCGGUGGGGCCGGUGGUGGUGGUACUGGCGGUAGUGGCGCUACUACUGGCACUGGCGGUACUGGUGGUGUUACCUCGUCCGGAACCGGUGGCAACACGGGCAACAGCAACACGACCGGUGGGAACAGCGCCAACAGCAACAGCAACAACAACAACAGCAAUAGUACGAAUUAA